AUGGCCUCGAAGUGCUACCCGUCCCACUCUGCCUCCGGUUUCGCCGCUGCUGCUCCCGAAGGCGCUGACGACCUUGCGAGUCCUUCCAGCGCUCCUCCUGCCCCGCCUGGUGAUGCCGCCAACUACGACUCGAGUGACGAUAGCGACUGCGUCUAUCUCCCGAAAGGAAGGGACUACAUCUUGGGCAGAGAGGACGCCAGCGACGAGGAAACCGAGCUGGACGCCCUUGAGCCAUCUGCGUUCGAGUGGCGGGCAGAGGAGAAUGUCCCCAGGCGGUUCGAAUUCUCGGCCCACCCUGGGGUCAACGCCGCUCACCUGCACCGAAAGUCCACGCCCUUCCAGAUCUAUUCUCACUUCGUCACACCCGAACUCAUGGACCACUUCGUCCGGGAGACUAACCGAUACUACCACCAACGGCCACCUUCGUCCGCCUCGAGGAACUGGCGCGACACGUCUCGGGAGGAGCUGUACGCCUACUUCGGACUCCGGCUCGUGAUGGUCUUGAAUAAGUCGGUCUCCGUGGAGAGCUACUUUCAGGAUCCCUUGUGCCGAAUGCCUGUUUUUGAAGCCACAAUGCCGCUGGAGCGCUUCCUUCUCCUGACGCAGAAUCUCCACGCGGUGGACAACAGCGAGACGCACUCUGCCCAAGAUCGCCUGUGGAAGCUGCGUCCGGUGGUCGACGUGCUCAGUCGGCAGUUCUUGUCGGUGUACACGCCUCCCCAGAGACUGACUGUCGACGAGUGUCUGUGGAGGUUCCGGCGCGACGGCGAGGUGUUCGGGGUGAAGGCGUACAGACUGUGCGUGCGCGACGGCGAAGCUCCGGGGUACACCAGUGCCUUCGGGAUUUACGCAAGCGAGGAGGAGAGCGACGUCCCUGCGCCUGGGAGAGUUGUUGUCGACCUGAUGGCCGCCGCCGGCUUCUUCGGGAAGGGCUACGAGCUUUUUACGGACAAGUGGUAUACUUCGCCGGCCCUCUUCCGCCUUCUGCAGGAUCGGCAGACCAACGCCGUGGGCACCGUGAGCUCCCAACGCAAGCACCUGCCGACGGACCUCAAGUCCCGCGACGAAGUGGUCUCCCGUAGCACCCCAACGGGCAUGCUGUGCCUGAGAUGGCGCGACGACGGCCACAUCACCAUGCUCUCCACGGUGCACGAUUCCGAAAUCGUGGAUGACAGGUCCUGGCCCGGGUUCAAGGCGCCCAAGGUGGUCUCCGACAGCCGCCCCGCCAUGAAGAGAGCGAGGAAGCACGACCCGUUCGACCCGCCCUACCCGGCCAUCCCGGAGGCUACCAGCUGGUACAAGAAGGUGCUCUUCUACCUCCUGUACGUGGCAGCGACCAACGCCUUCUUCGUGCACAAGGCCCUCGGGGGGAAGAUGACCCGCGACCGCUUCACCCGACGGCUCGUCGACGACCUCAUCCGGGAGUUCACCGGCGAGGAAUCGUAG